UAAUUUCAAUCUUCUCUCUCCCAAAUUCAAGCUUGUAAAAGACCUAAUUUCAACUUCCCCCACCGAAGCUUCUCUCUCUCGCUCUCUAUGCGUUUCAAUUGGGUGUAAUUUCCCCCAAUCCGAAACCAGCAGCGGUGAAUUUCCAUGGCGACAGUGACUGCAACUUGCUCUCCGAGCUCCCUCCAGCUUCGCUUCGCUUUCAAUUGCGGCAAUUGCGGUAAAGCAUCCUCCGUUCUCGUACGUAGGCGAUUGGGGAAGCUGGAUCGUCGGGCUCGAGUGCUCUGCGUUGCUCAGGGCAAUGAGAGGUCCGGGGCUGAAUUGGAGCCCCGUCGCAAUGGGGGUUCGUGGGUCGGGUCGAAUUCAAAUGCUGAUGGGUUUAAAGGGUGGUCCAAUUCAGAUAAUGGGGAAGAGUCAUUGGAUUCACAGAGGAAGAAAUGGUUUUUAGGGACUGUGGGAGCUGGAGUUGCCGGAGUCGUUCUUGUUGCGGGGCUUACUUUUGUGGCAUUGUCUUUGGGAAGGCGAAACAAUUCAAGCCCAAAACAACAGAUGGAGCCGUUAACAACGCAGCAGGAGCGAUCAUUGACAUAUGAUGAUGAAAAUCAUAGAACUGCAGAAGAUGUAGAUGAUCAAAGCAAUGUGAAGAAUGAUGCCAGUAGUAGUCCGGAAGGAAGGACAGGUACUAAUGAGGAUUCUUCUUCAUCUCCAGAAAUUGAUGAGUCUCCCAAUGAAAUUAGAGUUGAUAAUGAUUAUGAUAUAGGGGAUUUUAAAAACACAUCCGGAGGUACUGAAGCCAAUGCCAUCAAUAAUGCUUCUGAUAAAGGAGAUUCACCACUUGAAUCAACUUCCUAUGACAAAUCAGUUGAAUCUGAAACAUGCACAAGGAAAUUUGAUCUGUCUGAAUCUGAUAAUGGCAAUGAUUCAUUUGUUGCCUCUGAGAUUGAGGGUUUUGACAGCAGCCUCACUGUAGGUAUAGGAGAUUUGGCUUCUGAACUUAAAGGGAACCUAGUCAGUGUCGAACCAACUAACUUGCAAGCCUCUGAUUCAAACCUUAGCACUGAACCCCAGGAUGGAAUACCCGGGAGAAGUGAAAAUCAUAUUUCCACUUUUGAGUCUUCUUCUUUAAGUGUCGUUGCGCAUGAACACAAUGAACCUGUAGCUCUGGAUGUUUCACUUACUUCACAGUCAAACACAAUUUUAGAACCUCAGGUAUCGUCUAAAGAUAACAUAGGGACUGUACCCUCAUCUUCAACCGAAGAAAACCUUGAAAUGAGCAAAACACUGCAGGUUUUAGCUGAGGGAAUUAGUUCAUCCCUGGAAACGAAUACCAUAAUUGAAAGUGAGUUGUCUAGAAACAAGUCACAAUUACCAAAUGCUGGGAAUUCCUUCUCUUCUGCUGGCAUACCUGCUCCAACUGUAGUUUCUGCAGCUCUACAGGUGCCACCUGGGAAGGUUUUGGUUCCUGCCGUUGUUGAUCAGGUUCAGGGGCAGGCAUUCGCAGCGCUGCAAGUGUUAAAGGUCAUAGAGGCUGAUGUUCAACCUGGUGAUUUGUGUACACGACGUGAAUAUGCUCGUUGGUUGGUUUCUGCAAGUAGUGCUCUUUCAAGGAACUCAAUCUCUAAAGUAUAUCCUUCUAUGUAUAUUGAGAAUGUUACUGAGCUUGCAUUUGAUGAUAUUACACCUGAAGACCCUGAUUUUCCAUCCAUUCAAGGUUUGGCUGAAGCUGGACUUAUUUCUAGCAAGCUGUCAAGAAAGGAUAUGCGUUCUUCCAUGGAUGAAGAUGACAGUCCAUUCUACUUCUCUCCUGAAAGCCCUCUAUCACGGCAGGAUCUUGUAAGUUGGAAGAUGGCCCUAGAGAAAAAAUAUCUCCCAAAAGCUGACAAGGAGGUCCUGUACCGAAUUUCUGGUUUUAUAGACGCUGAUAAGAUACAUCCAGAUGCAUGUCCUGCACUUGUUGCUGACCUAUCUGGAGAACAGGGUAUUAUUGCUCUUGCAUUUGGUUACACCAGACUCUUCCAGCCGGAUAAGCCAGUAACAAAAGCCCAGGCUGCUAUUGCCCUCGCAACCGGAGAGUAUUCUGACUCGGUGAGUGAGGAGCUUGCACGUAUUGAAGCAGAAUCUAUAGCAGAAAAGGCUGUGGAUGCACAUAAUGCUUUAGUAGCUGAAGUUGAAAAGGAUGUGAAUGCAAAUUUUGAGAAGGAUCUUUCCUUGGAGAGGGAAAAAAUUGAUGCCGUUGAGAAAAUGGCUGAAGAAGCAAGACGUGAAUUGGAAAGGUUAAGGUCUAAGAGAGAGGAAGAUAAUAUUGCCUUGAUGAAGGAGCAUGCAGCUGUUGAAUCGGAAAUGGAAGUUCUGUCUAAGUUAAGGCAUGAGGUGGAGGAACAAUUGCAGAGUGUAAUGAGUAACAAAGUAGAGAUAUCCUAUGAAAAAGAAAGAAUUAGCAAACUUAGGAUUGAAGCAGAAACCGAAAGCCAGGAGAUUGCACGCCUACAGUAUGAUCUAGAGGUUGAACGGAAGGCCUUGUCCAUGGCCAGGGCUUGGGCUGAAGAUGAGGCAAAAAGAGCAAGAGAACAUGCUAAAGUACUUGAGGAGGCUAGAGAUCGCUGGGAGAGGCAGGGAAUCAAGGUAGUUGUUGACAACAACCUCCGAGAAGAUGCCUUGGGUGAGGUUACAUGGCUCGAUGCUGGCAAGCAGUUCUCGGUUGAAGGAACUGCCAACAGGGCGGAGAAUUUACUGGACAAGCUGAAGGCACUAGCAACAAAUAUAAAAGGAAAAUCCCGAGAUAUAAUUGAUCAGAUCAUCCAAAAGAUAGCCUUGCUCAUAUCCAAUUUGAGGGAGUGGAUCCCCAAGGCAGGAAAAGGGGUUGCAGAACUAAAAGACGCCGCCAUUUCAAAGGCCAGUAGAUCGGCCCAAGAGCUGCAGCAAAGCACCUUGGAGUUUAGCUUGGCCGUCAAAGAAGGUGCCAAGCGUGUCGCAGAAGAUUGUAAGGAAGGAGUGGGGAAACUCACUCAGAAGUUUAAGGCAUGACCGCGUUCUCUUAACAGUAAAUUUUGGACGUCGGGCUGUUGAGUAGUCAGAAAUGUAAAACAGUUUUGAGAAUUUGUCGAUGAAGGGCACAAUCCAUCAGGAUUCAUAUAGAGAGUCUAUUUAUACCAUUGAUGCUUAGCUAGGGAGUCUUUUGUAAUAAGUACACAUUCACAUAUCUGAACCGUAAUAAAAUUGCCCCCUUACACUUUGAAUGGAA